AUGGCAACUGUAGGGUACUCUAAAUUAAAAUUUGUUAAGAAAAUCCAAGACUCAUGUGAUCAGGAACACAGUAAGCAAGAUAGACCUGUAUGCGGUGAAUGCAUCGAUAAUAGAGAAGUUACCUUCAGAAGUUCAUGUCAUCUAUUUUGUGAUUAUGAUUGUUAUUUAGUAUCUUCUGGCGCUUGUCCAUCGCAUAACACUGAAACUAGCACAGCACUUAUAACAAGUGCUACUCCUCGAAGUUGUGACGAUGAAUGUCGCAGUGUAGCCGUAAGUGUACCAGUUUGUGGAAAUUGCAAUGGACAUUUGAAAAUGUUUAAUAAUAUGUGUUUAUUAAAUUGUAAUGAAGAAACCUGUGUAUUUCAAUCUAACGGUCCUUGUAUUACAACAACUCCUAAUCCUUGUGCAAGAAAUUGUUCGGACGUUCAUAACCCAGUUUGUGCGCAUUGUCCCGGCAAACGUAUUAAUUUCAGAAAUAUGUGUUAUUAUAAAAAAUGGAAUUGCCCUGACCAAGGAUGUACCGGAGUCACUGUAGGUGUCUGUAAUCCCUGUGUAAAACCAUGCCCAGCUACUGGAGAACCAGUGUGUGCUAAGUGCAAUGGACAGUUAAUGUUGUUCGAUAAUUCAUGUAAAUAUGAUAUGAAGAAUUGUGAAUUGAACAAUGCGUGUAAUCAACAAUGCAUGACCGAAUAUAAUCCAGUUUGUGCCGAUUGUGGAGGAGAAUUACGAAGCUUUAGUAAUCCUUGUCAAUUUCAAUUGCGAAAUUGUGCUGGGCCAGUUUGUAUCUUAAAGAAUUAUGGCUUAUGCGCUACUGUAACAGAGGUCGAAGAGAUAGAAGUGGAAGAAGAGGAAGAAAUAGAUCCAGAUGAUAUCAUCGUUAUUGAUCCAUGCGAAAAGCCAUGUCCAAACACAUUUGCGCCAGUUUGUGAAGAAUGUAAUGGCAUAAGAAAUACAAUUGGAAAUAUAUGCAAGUAUGAAAUCAGGGAGUGCCGCUUUAAAGCAAUCAACGCAAAAUGUUCACUGAUAAGAUUAGGGGCUUGUUCUACAGAUAAGUGCGAAACUACGUGUCCUGAUACUCCUGAUCCGUACUGUGCUACAUGUAAUGGCGUAGAAGAAACCUUUCACAACGAAUGUCACUUAAAAAAUAUCAAAUGCAGAAAAGUAUGUACUGACGAAAGGAGGGGUGAGUGUAAAAGUAAGGAUGCAAUUCUGACACUACCAUUGAUACGAGAUGGAGAGUGUAACCAGAGAUGUAACUCAUCAAUUCAUACUCUAGUCUGUGGCGAUUGUUUAGGCACAAAAAAAACUUUUAUCAAUGAUUGUGAACUGUUAGCAGAAAAUUGUUUAUACAAAAACGUUGUCGGAGCUUGCGUCAUAAACAACGAAGGGCCUUGUGAAUGCGAGAGUAAUUGUCCAGUAUUUCAUGAACCAUACUGUGGCGUAUGUAAUGGCACAUUAGUGGAAUAUCAAAAUCAAUGCUUUAUGGAACAAGAUAGAUGUAAAAAAAAUUGCCUCACAUGGGAGGAAUGGGAAGGUAAAUGUGUGAAACCGUGUGAGCAAACAUGUCAAGAGGAAACUAAUCCUAUAUGCGGAAAUUGCAAUGGAAAUAUGAUAACGUUUCCAAAUGAAUGUGAAUUUAAAAAUCAAAACUGCACUGAAGAAUGUAAAAUAGAACAUUAUGGUUCCUGUUCUAUUAUAAGUGAAAAUCAUACUUCCGGAUCGUCCACAUCUUCAGCGACAUCUCCAUCGGCGUCAUCAUCAUCAUCAUCCUCGUCGUCUUCUUCAUCGAAUUACACAAUUACGGCAACUACGAAUAAUAUAACAACAUGGAGCAAUUAUACCACAUACACAAGUACAAACUAUACUGCAAUAACUAUAAGAACCAGCACAAGGAUAGCAAAAUAUAGAUAUGGCCUAUGUAUGAGUUAUUACCCACUCGAAUAUGCUCCUAUUUGCGUCUUCUGCACUGAUCGCCAAUAUUAUCAAUUUGAUAAUGAGUACAGUUUAAAUUGCAGAAGUAAAGAAUGCGUUGAAGUGGAAGAAGGACACUGUCCUGGCUUUCUGAGUAUGUGUGAGGCUCAGUGCUCUAUCAGAUACAAUCCAGUAUGCGGAGUUUGUAAUGGAAAAUUAGAAACAUUCAAUAGCGCAUGUCAUUUAGAAUGUCAUGAACAUCGUGGCUGUGAAGAGGUUGAGGGGUUAAAAGGUCCGUGCACAAGUCUACAGAGUUAUCAAUUACUUCAAACUGUUACCUACAAUUCAGUUGAAGAAUGUAUUAGGUAUUGUGAUCCAAUGGAAAGAGAAGUUAUAGCAGUAUGUACCUUAUGUACAAAUGGCCAGUUUAGGUUUUUCGCAGAUUCAUGCGAAUUCGAUUGUCAUGCGCAUGAAUGCUUCGAGACAUUUGAAGAAAAUUGUGAACAAACAUUAAAAUUAUGUGAAAGUCAGUGUCUACCAAAUAAAAGUCCCGUUUGUGCAAUUUGCAAUGGAGUGGCCGAAACAUAUGAUAAUAGAUGUUUAGUAGAGGAAUGUAGACAGGAUACAUGUACUCCACCAACAGACGGAGCUUGUACAGAAUCCAUUAUAGCAGCAAGCUUGCCUCCAUUUACAUGUACUGAUAUCUGCUCAAAUGAUUAUGAGCCUAUCUGCUCAAUGUGUUCAAAUGGUAGAAUUGAGAUACAGCAAAGUCAAUGUCAUUUGACUUGCAUGAAUUUAGAUUGUGUUCCGAUACCAAAAGAUAAUUGUCCUGAAUUGUUAAAUGGAUGUGUGAGGAAUUGUUCCGAAAGCCAUGUGAUUCAAUAUGAUCCAAUAUGCGCAUCUUGUAAUGGAAAACUCGAACUUAUUGAGAAUUCUUGUAUCCUUAACUGCCGAGAAGGAACAUGCACGUCUUUAAAUAGUAAUACAUGUUCCGGACUGCAACCAAUUGAAACUGAUUUUAAUAGUUGUAUAUCAAAAUGCUCAGCAGCAACUGGCGCGGUAUGCGGUAUGAGAAGAGAUGGUACCUUUAAAGUUUUUGAAAACUUAUGUCAACUCGACUGUGAUGCAGAUUAUUAUAUCACAUCCAAAGAAAAUUGUCCAAGGGUAUUAGAUGAAUGCUCUGUUCUUUGUUCAAUGGAUAAGAGUCCAGUGUGUGGAAUGCGUAAUAAUCAACUGGAAACAUUUGAUAACGAAUGCAUUUAUGAUUGUCACAAAGAGAGUUACAUUUUCAUUUCCAAUGGAGCAUGUUCGGACUUAUAUGCCACUUCAACAACUUCAGCGUUAUCAACAAAUGCAUGUAUUAAAACUUGCACACAUGAUUAUGAAUAUAUCUGUGCCUUACGUAAUGAUGGUAGUCGUAUGGUAUAUAAAAAUAAAUGCAUACUCGAUUGUAACGCUGACGGAUAUGUUGUGCAACCAAAAGAGAUGUGUAGAGAUAUUUUAAUUAAUUUACAGUCAGAGUGUCCACAAGAAUACGUUCCAGCAUGCGGAGAUUGCUAUGGGUACAGAAAAACCUUCUACCAUAGGUGUAUUUUGGAAACUCAGAUACCAACAUGCACGUUUAUAUCGUAUGGAACUUGUGACAAUAUGAUACCGACACACGUUAGCGGUCCACAAUCGAAUGCUACAACCGGAGUGACAUAUACAACUACAACAACUACGAAUAAUAAUACAACAUGGAGUAACUAUACUUCAUAUACCAGCACAAAUUAUACCGCAAUAACUACAAGAACCAGCACUAGAAUAGCAAAAUAUAGAUUUGAUCAGUGCACAAGUAUUUACUCAUACCAAUAUGAUCCUAUCUGUGCCCUCUGCACUGAUCGUCAAUAUUAUAAAUUUGAUAAUGACUACGGAUUUAAUUGCAGAAGUAGAGAAUGCGUUGAAGUGGAAGAAGGAUACUGUCCAGAAUUUCUGAAUUUAUGUGAGUCGCAGUGCUCUAACGUGUAUGAACCAGCAUGCGGAAAUUGUAGGGGUCAAUUAGAAACGUUCGAUAGCAUAUGCCAUUUAGAUUGCCAUGAGCAUCGUGGCUGCGAGAUGGUUCCGAAUUCGAAAGGUGCAUGUACAAGUAUUCAUGGUCUUCAAAUUGAAAGUUAUCCAUCAGUUAACGAUUGCAUUAAAAAUUGUUCUCAAAAUCCAAAAGAUAUUAUAUCAGUUUGUACUCUAUGUACAGAUGGUCAAUAUAAGUUUUUCGACGAUAAAUGCGAAUUUGAGUGUCACGCACAUGAGUGUUUUGAGACAUUUGAAGAAAAUUGUGAACAAACAUUAAAAUUAUGUGAAAGUCAGUGUCUACCAAAUAAAAUCCCAGUUUGUGCAAUUUGCAACGGUGUUCCCGAAACAUAUGACAAUAGAUGCCUAGUAGAAGAAUGUAGACAGAAUACAUGUAAUCCACCAACAGAUGGUGUUUGUACAGAAUCCGUUAUAGCAGCAAGCUUGCCUCCAUUUACAUGUACUGAUAUCUGCUCAAAUGAUUAUGAGCCUAUCUGCUCAAUGUGUUCAAAUGGUAGAAUUGAGAUACAGCAAAGUCAAUGUCAUUUAACUUGCAUGAAUUCAGAUUGUGUUCCGAUACCAAAAGAUAAUUGUCCUGAAUUGUUAAACGGAUGUGUGAGGAAUUGUACCGAAAGCCAUGUGAUUCAAUAUGAUCCAAUAUGCGCAUCUUGUAAUGGAAAACUUGAACUAAUUGAGAACCCUUGUAUCCUUAACUGCCGAGAAGGAACGUGCACGUCUUUAAAUAGUAAUACAUGUACCGGAUUGCAACCAAUUGAAACUGAUUUUAAUAGUUGUAUAUCAAAAUGCUCAGCAGCAACUGGCGCGGUAUGCGGUAUGGGAAGAGAUGGUACCUUUAAAGUUUUUGAAAACUUAUGUCAACUCGACUGUGAUGCAGAUUAUUAUAUCAUAUCCAAAGAAAAUUGUCCAAAGGUAUUAGAUGAAUGCUCUGUUCUUUGUUCAAUGGAUAAGAGUCCAGUGUGUGGAAUGCGUAAUAAUCAACUGGAAACAUUUGAUAACGAAUGCAUUUAUGAUUGUCACAAAGAGAGUUACAUUUUCAUUUCCAAUGGAGCAUGUUCGGACUUAUAUGCCACUUCAACAACUUCAGCGUUAUCAACAAAUGCAUGUAUUAAAACUUGCACACAUGAUUAUGAAUAUAUCUGUGCCUUACGUAAUGAUGGUAGUCGUAUGGUAUAUAAAAAUAAAUGCAUAUUCGAUUGUUACGCUGACGUACAUGUUAUGCAACCGAAAGAGAUGUGUGGAGAUCUUUUACCUAAUUUGGAAUCGGAGUGUCCACAAGAAUUUGUACCAGCAUGCGGAGAUUGCAAUGGUGACAGAAAAACCUUCAACCAUAGGUGUAAUUUGGAAUGUCAGAUACCACCAUGCACGUUUAUAUCGUAUGGAACUUGUGACAAUAUGAUACCGACACACGUUAGCGGUCCACAAUCGAAUGCUACAACCGGAGUGACAUAUACAACUACAACAACUACGAAUAAUAAUACAACAUGGAGUAACUAUACUUCAUAUACCAGCACAAAUUAUACCGCAAUAACUACAAGAACCAGCACUAGAAUAGCAAAAUAUAGAUUUGAUCAGUGCACAAGUAUUUACUCAUAUCAAUAUGAUCCUAUCUGUGCCCUCUGUACUGAUCGUCAAUAUUAUAAAUUUGAUAAUGACUACGGAUUUAAUUGCAGAAGUAGAGAAUGCGUUGAAGUGGAAGAAGGAUACUGUCCAGAAAUUCUGAGUUUAUGUGAGUCGCAGUGUUCUAACGUAUAUGAACCAGCAUGCGGAAAUUGUAGGGGACAAUUAGAAACGUUCGAUAGCAUAUGCCAUUUAGAUUGCCAUGAGCAUCGUGGCUGCGAGAUGGUUCCGAAUUCGAAAGGUGCAUGUACAAGUCUUCACGGUCUUCAAAUUGAAAGUUAUCCAUCAGUUAACGAUUGCAUUAAAAAUUGUUCUCAAAAUCCAAAAGAUAUUAUAUCAGUUUGUACUUUAUGUACAGAUGGCCAAUAUAAGUUUUUCGACGACAGAUGCGAAUUUGAGUGUCACGCACAUGAGUGUUUUGAGACAUUUGAAGAAAAUUGUGAACAAACAUUAAAAUUAUGUGAAAGUCAGUGUCUACCAAAUAAAAUCCCAGUUUGUGCAAUUUGCAACGGUGUUCCCGAAACAUAUGAUAAUAGAUGUCUAGUAGAAGAAUGUAGACAGAAUACAUGUAAUCCACCAACAGAUGGUGUUUGUACAGAAUCCGUUAUAGCAGCAAGCUUGCCGCCAUUUACAUGUACGGAUAUCUGCUCAAAUGAUUAUGAGCCUAUCUGUUCAAUGUGUUCAAAUGGUAGAAUUGAGAUACAGCAAAGUCAAUGUCAUUUAACUUGCAUGAAUUUAGAUUGUGUUCCGAUACCAAAAGAUAAUUGUCCUGAAUUGUUAAACGGAUGUGUGAGGAAUUGUACCGAAAGCCAUGUGAUUCAAUAUGAUCCAAUAUGCGCAUCUUGUAAUGGAAAACUUGAACUAAUUGAGAACCCUUGUAUCCUUAACUGCCGAGAAGGAACGUGCACGUCUUUAAAUAGUAAUACAUGUACUGGAUUGCAACCAAUUGAAACUGAUUUUAAUAGUUGUAUAUCAAAAUGCUCAGCAGCAACUGGCGCGGUAUGCGGUAUGGGAAGAGAUGGUACCUUUAAAGUUUUUGAAAACUUAUGUCAACUCGACUGUGAUGCAGAUUAUUAUAUCACAUCCAAAGAAAAUUGUCCAAAGGUAUUAGAUGAAUGCUCUGUUCUUUGUUCAAUGGAUAAGAGUCCAGUGUGUGGAAUGCGUAAUAAUCAACUGGAAACAUUUGAUAACGAAUGCAUUUAUGAUUGUCACAAAGAGAGUUACAUUUUCAUUUCCAAUGGAGCAUGUUCGGACUUAUAUGCCACUUCAACAACUUCAGCGUUAUCAACAAAUGCAUGUAUUAAAACUUGCACACAUGAUUAUGAAUAUAUCUGUGCCUUACGUAAUGAUGGUAGUCGUAUGGUAUUUUAUCGUUAA